CAAUACCGCCAGCUUGCCGUGCUGUACCAUCGUGAAAAGGCGUGAUAAUAAGUACCAAAAGUAACCAUGUGAAUAUAAGAGACUGCUUGGGGUUUUAAAAAAAUGAUUAAAAUAGUAUUUUAAUAAUCUUUUACAUGUUUAGGUAGAAAAUUGAUGGAUGUUUAGGACAUUUAUUUCCGGUUUGUCCCUCGUCGGUAUCCUUAGUUAAGAAUUAGCUUAUUAACCUGUUAGCUCUAAAGUUGUGCGGGCGACAAGUCUGACUAAAAAUGUCUCCUCUGUUAAUGUUUCUGUCGUCGAUAAUCAUGCUGAGCUGGGCUGACGUCUGUCCUUGUGAGAGACCCGAGUUAUGCCAGCAGAUACAAGACGAGAAAGACUUUGAGGUGUUUGUGUUCGACGUGGGCGGCAAGACGUGGAAGUGGUACGACUGGAGCGUGGUGACGACCGUGGCGACAUUCGGCAAAUACGACGGCGAGCUCAUGUGCCACGCCCAUUCUAAAGGAGCGCGCGUGGUCCUCAAAGGCGACGUUCACCUGGCCUCCAUUGUGGACCAAAGCAACAGGACCGCUUGGAUCACGGAGAUGGUGGACUUGGCCAGACGUCAGUUUAUGGAUGGCAUCAACCUGGACAUCGAGCAAGCCGUGGAAGAAGGCUCGCCCGAGUACUCUGCGCUCACAGACCUGGUCAAAGAGACCACAGAGGCUUUCCACAAGCAGAUACCUGGUUCUCAGGUGUCCUUCGAUGUUGCCUGGUCGCCCCAAUGUGUGGACAAGCGCUGCUACGACUACGUCGCCAUCGCCGACUCCUGUGACCUGCUCUUCGUCAUGUCCUACGACGAGCAGAGUCAGAUCCUGGGGGACUGCAUCGCCAUGGCCAACUCCCCCGUCACUCAAACGCUUGGAGGCUACGAUCAGUAUUUGAAGAUCAGCGUGGAUCCAAAGAAGUUGUUGAUGGGCGUACCAUGGUAUGGCUACGACUACCCUUGCAUCAACUUUACCCAGGAUGGCGUUUGCUACGUGGCAGAGGUGCCGUUCCGUGGCGCCCCAUGCAGCGACGCAGCCGGCAAGCAGAAAACGUACAAGUGGAUAAACAAGCAGAUGAGCAGCUCGUUGUCCGGUCGGCUGUGGGACGACAAGCAGCAGGCCCCAUACUUCAAUUACAAGGACCCAAAAGGACAAAUUCACCAGGUUUGGUACGAUGACCCAGAAAGUAUUUGCCUGAAGACCCAUGCGGUCCAAUCCAAAGGUCUGAGAGGGGUGGGUAUGUGGAACGCUAACAUCUUGGACUACAGCGACGACCCCGUUGCUAGGCAGCAGAGCGCGGCAAUGUGGAACGCUCUCUUUGGAUGCCAGCCGGGCUAAAGUUUACGGUACGAGACGUCAGUGUCGGGGUUGCUAAGUCAACACCGGCCUUUUGUGGCAGCAGACAUUGUUGUAGCUUUUAUUGCCGCAGCCUUUCAAAGGCCUUCAGACAUUCCACUGAUCCAGUCUGCUAUGGUUCCUUCAUGCACUUUGUUUUUUGACAGCACCUUUUCUGCUUUGAUACAAUAAACGCCUGAGAGAUCUUAGAA